AUGCAUAGCUCACAUGAAGUGUGCAUCCGUGCUCUACCUGGCAGCCAGCACGAGUGUCCCGAGCACAUCCAAGACUGGAUCCGCCUGAUCCUGAGCCGCCUCGCCACUGCUCCUGACCCACUUUCCAAGGUGCAGAAACUCUCCGUGAGCAGCUCCGAGGUGGAGCCGCGCACAGCGGGCUCUCAGCUCUCACCUUCUCUCCCUUCUCUCUCCGCAGACGACGUCUCCCCGUACUUUAAGACGGAGCCCGUGCGGAGCCAGGUGCACCUGGAGGGGAACCGCCUGGUGCUGACGUGCAUGGCCGAGGGCAGCUGGCCCCUCGAGUUCAAGUGGCUCCACAACAGCCGCGAGCUCACCAAGUUCUCCCUGGAGUACCGCUACAUGAUCACGUCGCUGGACCGCACGCACGCCGGCUUCUACCGCUGCAUCGUGCGCAACCGCAUGGGAGCCCUGCUGCAGCGCCAGACCGAGGUGCAGGUGGCCUACAUGGGCAGCUUCGAGGAGGGCGAGGGGCAGCAGCGUGUGUCGCAGGGCCAGGCGGCCGUGGUGCCCGCGCCGCGCAUCGCCAGCUUCCCCCGGCCCCAGGUCACCUGGUUCCGCGACGGCCGCAAGAUCUCGCCCAGCAGCCGCAUAGCCAUCACGCUGGACAACACGCUGGUCAUCCUGUCCACGGUGGCCCCGGACGCGGGGCGCUACUACGUGCAGGCAGUGAACGACAAGAACGGGGACAACAAGACGAGCCAGCCCAUCACGCUGGCCGUGGCCAAUGUGGGUGGCCCAGCCGAUCCCAUCGCUCCCACCAUCAUCAUCCCGCCUCGGAACACCAGCGUGGUGGCGGGCACCUCGGAGGUGACCCUGGAGUGCGUGGCCAACGCCAGGCCGCUGAUGAAGCUGCACAUCGCGUGGCGGAAGGACGGCGUGCCCGUCUCGAGCGGCAUCAGCGACUACAGCCGCCGCCUCACCGUGCUGCACCCCGCACUGCGCGACAGCGGCUACUACGAGUGCGAGGCGGCGCUGCGCAGCAGCAGCGUCCCCGCCGUGGCUGCCGGCGCCUUCCUCUCCGUGCUGGAGCCGCCGCAGUUCGUCAGGGAGCCGGAGCGGCACAUCACGGCCGAGAUGGAGAAGGUGGUGGCCAUCCCGUGCCAAGCCAAAGGCGUGCCCCCGCCGGCCGUGGCGUGGUACAAGGACGCGGCGCUCCUGCCCCUGGAGCAGCUCUCCCGCUUCCAGCUGCUGCCGGACGGCAGCCUGCGCAUCAGCGGGCUGCUGCCCCACGACACCGGCAUGUUCCAGUGCUUCGCGCGCAACGCCGCCGGAGAGGUGCAGGCCACCACCUACCUGGCCGUGACCAGCAUCGCGCCCAACAUCACCAAGGGCCCCCAGGACAGCACGGUCAUUGACGGCAUGUCCGUGGUCCUCAACUGCGAGACCGCGGGGGCUCCACGCCCUGCCAUCGCCUGGCAGAAAGGGGAGCGGAUCCUGGCGAGCGGCUCCGUGCAGCUGCCGCGCUUCACGCUGCUCGAGUCGGGCAGCCUCCUGGUGAGCCCCGCGCACCUCGCCGACGCCGGCACCUACAGCUGCCUGGCCACCAACUCGCGCGGCGUGGACGAGGCCUCGGCCGACCUCGUCGUCUGGGCAAGGACACGGAUCACGGACCCGCCGCAGGACCAGAGCGUCAUCAAGGGCACCAAGGCCUUCAUGAGCUGCGGGGUCACCCAUGACCCCAGUGUGGCCAUCAGGCACGUGUGGGAGAAGGACGGGGCGCCGCUGAGCGCGGACGGGGCCGGGCGGCUGCGCCUGGACGAGGCCGGGACGCUGCACAUCUCGCAGACCUGGUCGGGCGACAUCGGCACCUACACCUGCAAGGUGCUCUCGGCCGGCGGCAACGACUCGCGCAGCGCCCACCUCCGUGUCCGGCAGCUCCCCCACGCUCCGGAGAGCCCCGUGGCCACCCUGAGCCCCCUGGAGAAACGGGCCAUCAACCUGACCUGGGCCAAGCCCUUCGACGGCAACAGCCCCCUGCUCCGCUACGUCGUGGAGGUCUCCGAGAACAACGCGCCCUGGACGGUGCUGCUGGCCAGCGUGGACCCCGUGCUGACCUCGGUGGCCGUGAGGGGCUUGGUGCCCGCCCGCUCCUACCAGUUCCGCCUGUGCGCCGUGAACGACGUGGGCAAGGGCCAGUUCAGCAAGGACACGGAGAGGGUGUCCCUGCCCGAGGAGCCGCCCUCGGCGCCGCCGCAGAACGUCAUCGCCAGCGGCCGCACCAACCAUUCCAUCAUGAUCCAGUGGCAGCCGCCGCCGGAGAGCCACCAGAACGGCGUCCUCAAGGGCUACGUGAUCCGCUACUGCCUGGCCGGCCUGCCCGUGGGCUACCAGUUCAAGAACAUCACCAGCGCCGAGGUCAACAACCUGCUGCUGGAGGAUCUCAUCAUCUGGACCAACUACGAGAUCGAGGUGGCCGCCUACAACAGUGCCGGCCUGGGCGUCUACAGCAUGAAGGUGACCGAGUGGACGCUGCAGGGAGUGCCAACGGUGCCCCCGGGCAAUGUGCAAGCUGAGGCCACCAACUCCACCACCAUCCGCUUCACCUGGACCCCCCCCAGCCCCCAGUUCAUCAACGGCAUCAACCAGGGCUACAAGCUCAUCGCGUGGGAGCCGGAGCGCGAGGACGAGGCCACGGUGGUGACGGUGCGGCCGGAUUUCCAGGCCCGCGCGCACGUGGGCUACGUGGCCGGGCUCAAGAAGUUCGCCGAGUACCUGACGUCGGCGCUGUGCUUCACCACGCCGGGCGACGGCCCGCGCAGCCCGCCCCAGCUGGUGCGCACGCACGAGGACGUGCCGGGCCCCGUGGGCCACCUCAGCUUCGGUGACAUCCUGGACACGUCGUUGCGGGUCAGCUGGAAGGAGCCGGCGGAGAGGAACGGUGUCCUCACGGGCUACCGCAUAUCCUGGGAGGAGUACAACCGCACCAACACGCGGGUGACGCACUACCUGCCCAACGUCACCCUGGAGUACCGCGUCACCGGCCUCACCGCCCUCACCACCUACACCAUCGAGGUGGCCGCCAUGACCUCCAAGGGACAAGGACAACUCUCCUCCUCCACCAUCUCCUCGGGGGUGCCCCCAGAGCUCCCCGGCGCGCCCACCAACCUGGGCAUCUCCAACAUCGGCCCGCGCUCGGUCACGCUGCAGUUCCGCCCGGGCUAUGACGGCAAGACGUCCAUCUCGGGCUGGCGCGUGGAGGCGCAGGUGGGACAGGCCCCCGACGGCGGCCCCUGGCACCUCGUGCACCAGCUGGCCGGCGAGCCCGACGCGCGCUCCAUGGAGGUGCCCGACCUGCGCCCCUACACCCACUACAGCUUCCGCAUGCGGCAGGUGAACAUCGUGGGCACCAGCCCGCCCAGCCUGCCCUCCCGCAGGAUCCAGACCCUGCAGGCGCCGCCCGAUGUGGCGCCCGCCAACGUCACCCUGCGCACGGCCAGCGAGACCAGCCUGUGGCUGCGCUGGAUGCCGCUACCCGAGCAGGAGUACAACGGCAACCCCGACUCGGUGGGCUACCGCAUCCGGUACGCGCGGGCGGACGGGCGUGGGCAGCCGCUGCUGCACACCAUCCCCGACCGCGUCGAGCGCGAGUUCACCAUCGAGGACCUGGAGGAGUGGACCGAGUACCGCAUGCAGGUCCAGGCCUUCAACGCCAUCGGCGCUGGGCCCUGGAGCCCCUUGGUGGUGGGGCGCACACGGGAGUCAGUGCCAUCCUCGGGCCCCUCCAAUGUGUCCGUGCUGGCCACCACAUCCAGCAGCUUGCUGGUACGCUGGAGUGACAUCCCCGAGGCCGACUGCAACGGGCUGUUGCUGGGCUACAAGGUCGUGUACCAGGAGCAGGAGGCCGAGGCGCCAGCUCGCUUCUGGCUGGUGGAGGGCAACGCGUCGCGCAGCGCCCAGCUCGCCGGGCUGCGCAAGUACACGCUCUACGAGGUGCGCGUGCUGGCCUUCACCAGGAUGGGCGACGGCGCGCCCAGCCACCCGCCCGUCCUCGAGAGGACGCUGGAUGACGUGCCCGGCCCCCCCGUGGGCAUCCUCUUCCCCGAGGUGAGGACAACGUCGGUGCGGCUGGUGUGGCAGCCGCCCGCGGCGCCCAACGGCAUCAUCCUGGCCUACCAGGUCACGCACCGGCUCAACACGAGCGCUGCGGGUACCGGCGCGGGAGAGCUGCUCGAGCCCAGCGCCCGGCACUACACGGCCACCGACCUCCUGCCCGAGGCCGCCUACGUGUUCCGCGUCGCGGCGCAGACCCGCAAGGGCUGGGGCCAGGCGGCCGAGGCGCUCGUGGUCACCACCGAGAAGAGAGAGCGGCCGCAGGCGCCCGGGAAGCCGCUGGCGCGGCAGGAGGACGUGGCAGCGCGGAGCGUGCGGCUCUCCUGGGAGCCGGGCAGUGACGGGCUCUCCCCCGUGCGCUACUACACGGUGCAGAGCCGCGAGCUGCCCCACGGCGCCUGGGCCCCGCGCGCCGCCGGCCCCAACGCCACCGCCUUCCUGGUGGACAGGCUGAAGCCCUUCACCUCCUACAAGUUCCGCGUGAAGGCGACAAAUGACAUCGGCGACAGCGACUACAGCGAGGAGUCGGAGUCACUCACCACCCUGCAGGCCGCCCCCGAGGAAGCGCCCACCAUCCUCUCCGUCACGCCGCACACCACCACGUCGGUGCUCAUCCGCUGGCAGCCGCCGGCCGAGGACAAGAUCAACGGGAUCCUGCUGGGCUUCCGCCUGCGCUACCGCGAGCUGCUCUACGACGGGCUGCGCGGCUUCACCCUGCGCGGCAUCGGCAACCCGGGCGCCACGUGGGCCGAGCUCACGCCCGUCUACGCCGUGCACAACCUCAGCGAGGUCUCGCUCACCCAGUACGAGCUGCACAACCUGAGCAAGCACCGGCGCUACGAGAUCCGCCUGAGCGUGUACAACGCCGCGGGCGAGGGCCCCCCCAGCGCCCCCCAGGAGGUCUUCGUGGGCGAAGCGGUGCCCACCGCGGCACCGCAGAACGUGGCGGUGCAGGCGGUCACGGCCACCCAGCUGGACGUCACCUGGGACCCGCCGCCCCCCGAGAGCCAGAACGGUGACAUCCAGGGCUACAAGAUCCACUUCUGGGAGGCGCAGCGGCAGAACGAGAGCGCGCGGGUGAAGACGCUCUUCCUGCCCGAGGGCGGCGUGAAGCUGAAGAACCUCACGGGCUACACCGUGUACUGGGUCAGCGUGGCCGCCUUCAACGCCGCCGGCGACGGGCCCCGCAGCGCCGCCGUGCCGGCGCGGACGCUGCAGGCAGCCCCCAGCGCCCCCGGCUCCAUCCGCUUCAGCGAGCUGACCACGACGUCGGUGAACGUGUCCUGGGAGCCGCCGCCGCUGCCCAACGGGCUCCUCGAGGGCUACCGGCUGGUCUACGAGCCCUGCUCGCCCGUGGAUGGCGUCAGCAAGAUCGUGACCGUGGACGUGAAGGGCAGCAGCCCGCUGUGGAUGAAGGUGAAGGACCUGGCCGAGGGGGUCACCUACCGCUUCCGCAUCCGGGCCAGAACCUUCGUCUACGGGCCCGACAUCGAGGCCAACGUCACCACGGGGCCCGGGGAAGGUGCCCCCGGCCCCCCCGGCGAGCCUUUCAUCUCCCGCUACGGCUCGGCCAUCACCAUCCACUGGUCAAGCGGGGACCCCGGCAAGGGGCCCAUCACCAGAUACGUCAUCGAGGCCCGGCCGUCAGACGAGGGGCUCUGGGACAUCCUCAUCAAGGACAUCCCCAAGGAGGUGACCUCCUACACCUUCAGCAUGGACAUCCUCAAGCAGGGCGUCAGCUACGACUUCCGCGUCAUCGCCGUCAACGACUACGGCUACGGCACCCCCAGCUCGCCCUCCCCCGCCGUGUCAGCCCAGAAAGCCAACCCCUUCUACGAGGAGUGGUGGUUCCUGGUGGUCAUCGCCCUCGUGGGGCUCAUCUUCAUCCUGCUGCUCGUCUUCGUGCUCAUCAUUCGUGGGCAGAGCAAGAAGUACGCCAAGAAGUCGGACUCGGGGAACGGCGCCAAGGCGAACGCCCUGGGCCACGGCGAGAUGCUGAGCCUGGACGAGGGCAGCUUCCCCGCGCUGGAGCUCAACAACCGGCGCCUCUCCGUCAAGAACUCCUUCUGCCGCAAGAAUGGCAUCUACACCCGGUCCCCGCCGCGGCCCAGCCCCGGCAGCCUGCACUACUCGGACGAGGACGUGACCAAGUACAACGACCUCAUCCCCGCCGAGAGCAGCAGCCUGACGGAGAAGCCCUCCGAGGUGUCCGACUCUCAGGGAAGCGACAGCGAGUACGAGGUGGACGCGGGCCCGCAGAAGGGCCACUCCUUCGUCAACCACUACAUCAGCGACCCCACGUACUACAACUCGUGGCGGCGGCAGCAGAAGGGGCUGUCGCGCGCGCAGGCCUACAGCUACACGGAGAGCGAGGCGGGCGAGCCCGAGCACGGGCCGCUGGCCACCGGCGCCGCCGCGCAGCAGGGCAGCCUGUUCCGCCCGGGGGGCAGCCGGACUCCCACCCCGCAGACCCCCGCCAACCCGCCCAGCCAGCCCGGCACCCUGUACCGCCCGCCCAGCAGCCUGGCGCCCGCCUCCCGCGCGCCCAUCGCCGGCUUCUCCUCCUUCGUCUGA